AUGGUUAUUAAGCCUUCAUAUACCGUAAAUUCUCUAAGUGCACGACCUUUAAUUGCAAGGGCGGGCGAGCCUGUGUGGUACAGUAGUAUCACGCGAAGCUUCCAGAGAACAGUGCUGUGGAUCCUAGUUUCGGAUCCAGCUUGGUGCGGUUGUUUUUCGGCACGGGGGGCCGUGUAUAAAUUACCUUUCGGAUCGCGGGCAGCAGGGGAUUGGCUCCCUCCUGAGAGAAUGUUCUAUUCUGCUCAGGUUCGUACACCACCGUGGGCUACGAGGAGAUUUUUCAGAACAAUCACUCGGAUUUGCCAGAGCCGUUCUCCAGCACUAAGAGCCAGUCCAAAGGAUCAAGAUAUCAAGUUAGCAGGAACAGGACGACCGAGGCAGGCUUGCGGGAAAAUACGCGGGAUUUAUAUGGCGCCUCCUACCAUUGUUCGGGACAAACAGGAACAUCCUGACCAGCGAGAAAUAUGUUGGUGA